AAAGGCGGCGGCGAAGCCGUUUUUUCUCUCACGUCGCUCGUCGCCAUUUUGCGCCUGGUCGAGCUCUGAGGGAGCGAAAAACCCCAGCUUUCUAACGCCGGCUUUCUACCAACCGCCACCAUUUUUACCAUGUCGAGAGACCGCUUCCGCAGCCGAGGAGGCGGCGGAGGCGGUUUUCACCGACGCGGCGGCGGCGGCGGCCGAGGAGGCCUUCCCGGGAACCAUGAUUUCCGUUCCCCGCCGCCCGGCAUGGGGGGUGGCAUGGGCCAGUCCCGCGGCGGGCACCACCAUAUGGGCGGUGGAGGCGGCCUCGGCGGUCCCCCGAAGCCAGAGCCUCCCAAGCCUCCCACCUCGACCUCCACUCCGCCUUCCUCCUCGACCUCGUCGUCUGUCUCCAGCGCCCAAGCCAGCUCGUCGCCUUCGGUGGGCGGCCCAACCCAGAACCAGGCCGCCUCGCAACCGCCGCCCGCCGCUGUCCCUGCACCGACUUCCUCCUCGACCCCCGCCGCCUCUUCAGGGCUUCAGAGCGGCGGACGAGGCGGGGACUCGCAACAACAGCCUCAGCCGCCGCCAUCCCAAAGUCCCAGCCAGGGGGGCUUAAAGAAAGGGCCCGGACAGACCCCUAGCGGCGGCGGCGGCGGCCUGAAGGGAGGUCCAGGAGGUCCUCAACCAGGAGGAGGCGGCCCCAAGGGCGGAGGCCCCGGGCAGCACCGUGGCGGCGGCGAGAGGCGAGGAGGACAAGGCCAGCAUCAGCACCCAUCACAACAACAGCACCAGCAACAACAGCAGCAACAACAACAACAGGGUCCCGGCGGGGAGAAAAUGUCGGAUGCCGAGGGUUUUAAAGCCAAUUUGUCACUUUUGAGACGCCCUGGAGAGAAGACCUAUACUCAGCGUUGUCGUCUUUUUGUUGGGAAUUUGCCUGCUGAUAUCACUGAGGAGGAGUUUAAGAGGUUAUUUGCUAAAUAUGGUGAACCUGGUGAAGUCUUCAUCAACAAAGGAAAAGGAUUUGGAUUUAUUAAACUGGAAUCCCGAGCUCUGGCUGAAAUUGCAAAAGCUGAACUUGAUGACACCCCUAUGAGAGGAAGGCAGCUUCGUGUGCGUUUUGCCACUCAUGCUGCUGCACUGUCUAUACGAAAUCUUUCCCCAUAUGUAUCCAAUGAACUUCUGGAGGAAGCUUUCUCUCAGUUUGGCCCAAUCGAAAGAGCAAUUGUAAUUGUUGAUGAUCGUGGUAGAUCAAUCGGAAAAGGAAUUGUUGAAUUUGCAUCCAAGCCUGCAGCACGGAAAGCUUUUGAACGCUGUUCUGAAGGAGUGUUUCUGUUGACAACUACUCCCAGGCCAGUUAUUGUGGAACCACUAGAGCAACUGGAUGAUGAAGAUGGGCUUCCAGAGAAACUAGCUCAGAAGAAUCCAAUGUAUCAGAAGGAGAGAGAAACACCUCCACGCUUUGCACAACCUGGAAGUUUUGAGUAUGAAUAUUCUCAGCGGUGGAAGUCACUGGAUGAAAUGGAGAAACAGCAGAGAGAUCAGGUGGAGAAAAAUAUGAAAGAUGCCAAGGACAAACUUGAAAGUGAAAUGGAGGAUGCCUAUCAUGAGCAUCAGGCAAACCUCUUGCGUCAAGAUUUGAUGAGGCGACAGGAAGAAUUGAGGCGUAUGGAAGAACUGCACAAUCAAGAGAUGCAGAAACGGAAAGAAAUGCAACUGAGGCAGGAAGAAGAGCGCCGUAGACGAGAAGAGGAGAUGAUGCUCCGCCAACGUGAGAUGGAAGAGCAAAUGAGAAGGCAGAGAGAAGAAAGUUAUAGUAGAAUGGGUUAUAUGGACCCCGUAAGUCAGGACUGGAAGAAUCCCAAUAAUCUAGUUACUCAGAGGGAGAGGGAUAUGAGAAUGGGAGGCACCAGUUCAAUGAACAUGGGAGAUCCCUAUGCUACAGCAACUCAGAAAUUCCCACCUUUAGGAGGUGGCACUGGCCUCGGCUAUGAAACCAGUCCUGCAGUUGGACAAGCAUCUAUGAGUGGUUCUAUGAUGGGAAGUGACAUGCGCCCUGAGCGAUUUGGGCAGGGUGGUGCAGGGCCUGUAGGUGGCCAGGGCCCGAGAGGAAUGGGACCUGGAACUCCAGCAGCUUAUGGGAGAGGGAGAGAAGAAUAUGAAGGCCCAAACAAAAAGCCCCGAUUUUAGAUGUAACUUGUAGAUUUUCAUUCCAGUUUGUUUUGUUGGUCUUGUUUAGACACUACUUUUUUUUAAUUCUUGCAUUUUAGUAAGAAAGCUACGUUUUUAUGGAUGUUAGAAACUUAAUUACUUAGGAUUUGUAAGUGAUCUGGGCAAGAAGAAAAUCUAAUUAUGUAAUGCAGUGUUAAAAACUUAGCUUUUUUGAUGUAUAACAUCCCUACCUUAAUGGCAGUGUACUGUGUGCCAUUUGAAUACCCACGUGUAAACUUUUUUUACUGUGCUUAAAAUAAAUAGAUUAAAUGUAGCAAUGAUUCUUAAUCAUAAACUUGCCGUUCACAGUUUCAGAAAUGCAAGGCAAAGAUGCUGUUACUCUCCAACAUAAAGUGUGGUGGUUGGAAUAGAAACCACGUUUCUGGCAUCCUCUAUAGCCAAAAACCACUGUGCUACAAAACAUCUGGCUUUCUAACAUGAAAUAUUGAGGCAUGGUAUAGACUUUAUGGGAGAAGACACAUACUGGCAUAGUCUCACCCCUAUAGAUAUUCCUGUAGUAUGAAUUGUCCAAAAGUUGAAACACAGCCAGUGAUUGAUUUUGAUUUUUAGGUACUUAGGGCUUUAAUUGCCCGCAGGUAAAAAAAAACCCAGGGAAUGGUGUGGUGCUUUCAUUGUGAAAUGGCACAUUGAUCUAACUGUCAAAUGAUGCAGUCUCACAAUGAGUUAGAACUCAACCCUGUAGUGAAAGAAAGACUGGAGGAAGAUAAUGUGUUCGGCAGGUUACUCAUAAGGAUUCCUUGUUGGGGUCUUGAUAGCCUCUCCAUUUCAUGUUCAGUAAAUCAAAGCAUGGGUUCUGUUGAGUAGUCAUUUAAAGGAUUGUUCAGCAUGAGAUUCCCAUAACAUGAUUGAGCAUGUAGGGUUAAGUUUAAAAUGUAACCAGAAUGGCUUGGCUGAAAUGCCGAGUAUAGGUGGGUACUCAUAUUUUAUAACUGGUGUCGUUUGGAAGCUGGAGCGCAGCAAUGAAAGUAUCCUUUUGAAACUACAGGGUUAUGAUAAAAAAGUAUAAUGUAGUGUCUUGCACAGUAGUAAUAGCUUACCAGGUGAACUUGCCUCUUGGGAGCCAGACUAUAACUAAAAUUGGAACUUUGUUGGUAGGACUAUAUAUCACAAAUAAACUUGCAUUGAAUUUGGUGGAGGGUUUGAAACUCAUCAUUUUAAAAAAAAAGACUGAAAGUUAUCCUUGAUGCUGUACAUUGAUUGCACCUGAGAAUGCUGGGAGCACAGUUUCCCAGGGUAACAGUGCACUCUGGGUUGAUGAAAGGAAAAUCAACCUGCUUGGAGACAUGUCUAUGCAAUGAAUUCUAGGCGUAUUUUCUUUCAACACUUCUGUGUAUUCUAUAGCUUUUAACACCUAUUCCUUUCUGUUUUGGGGAAGAAUGGACUAUCUGAAUUGCUCAAUUUGUGUGCCAAAAGCUUUGGUGCCAUCAUCUACUAUGUUGGCCAUACAACUAUUGGCAUGAAGCUAUGUGCUAAGUGAAAUGUUUAAAUGCAAGAAUGCUGCUGUUGAUGGACAAGGUUGAUGGAUAAUGGUCUCUUAAUUUAGUGUUGUAGUUGGAUUUGAGGUACAUUUCCCUGAACCAUAUAGGUUAGAUACAAAACCAGCUGCUAUUUGAACUGUAAGAAGAACACAGUUCUUGGCAUUGGAUACCAAUUUAGAGAAGCCUUUCUAUGCAAUGCAGUGAAAUUGGAAGCUGAGUUGCACUUGCAUGGUAUUUAGGGACAUACACUUCAGAUCAUUUUCUAAGUGGUGUUCUUUGAACACCCAUCACUGGGCAUUCUGAACUGGCUGGGUGGAGCAUCUGCACAUGGGCACUAAUUUUCAGUUUAUUUUUCAGAUUACAUGCCAUUUUUCCUUAGGAUGCUGGCACAUAUCCUAAACAUUGCUCUUUUUGUAGUAUUUUAACUUUGAAGAGUGAAGGAGGCUGAUGGUCACGUUACCUUCCUAAGGUUCAUCUCACUAUGUUAUUCCUAAAAUUGACUUUGAAGCAGGAAGAAGUCAUGAGAGUUUCAGCAGACUCUUAUCUGAUCACUGCUGUUGUCAUCUCCACCUUUGAAAAUACUUGUAGACUGACUUGGAGUACAUGUUAAAAUCAGGAUGGGUUACAAGUUUUCUGAUCCUGAUGCCUCAGUUUGAGUUGUCCCUGAAUUGUAUGUUCCAUUUAGUUAGAAGCUCUCCCUCUCCAUUGUGUUCUAAGAGUUUAGGCCUCUGUAGGCCUAAAAUUUGAGCAGUAUUUCAUAUCGACCUGCCUGUUAAGCUGCUCUGGUCCCAUCUAAAAAAGGGAUUCAAUAACAGAUCCCAAGAUUUCCCCAUAUUUCCCCAUUUGUGUUCCCUGGAAACCCAUUAGCAUGCUAUGAACACAUCCUUAUCAUUGAUAAUGAAAAGAUGAAUUUCUGUUUCUGUGCGUAUUUUGUGGUAUCUUUGUUUAAAAAGUUCUUGGCAUCUCCUUGGCAACCACUUGUGGCGGCAUUUUUGCUGGAGUUUUGAGACUGCAAUUUGACACUCUUUAAAAGUAGUGGCCUGCUACGUAACAGCACUUAGACAGCAUUUCCGCAGUGCAUAACUGUGAGGAACGUAGUACCACAAGUGACAGUGGACAUUAGGACCCGGAUGUAGUAUUCCUGCUUGCUCCAAGAUUCUCAUUGUCGCCUGCAUUACAGGUAGGUAAAAAGCACUAUAAUUAACUUGGUGACUUUCUGUGUAACCUUGCUGUGGGGGUACUCUGGCAUCACCCUUCUGACUGUGGAAUUUCAGUGCAGCACUACUUGUACUACUGUGUGAUAUUAUGAUACUACUUAGAUUUGAGGCAUAACUUGCAGUCAGCAGUAGGCAAGCUAACUGUGAUGUUCAGAUCAAUGCCUCAGACCCGUGAUUUCUUCGUGUAUAUGACUUGUUUCCAUCGUUGCUAUGUGCAAAGACAUCUUGUUAGAGCUUUGUGGGAAGGGCAAGGGAGUCUGUGAAUCAUUUCAACUAAUCCAAAGGUGCUGUUGGGUCAUACUUUAUAAGUACUGUGUUUGAUGCAUACUAGACUCUUACGGCGAAAGUCAAUUGCAGCCCUUUCUUGGCUAAGCAUUAGUAAAUAUUUCCUGGGCAAUAUAUGGUUGCUGUACUUGGGAGUUAGGAAAUAGAACUUGUAACUUUAGUGAUCAGUUACGUGAUAUGUUUGGGUGGUGGGAUGUUGGCUGUUAAACGAUGUGUUGAAUGAUAGGGGAAGGGGCCAUGGCUAAGAGCAUCUGCUUGGCUUGUAGAAGGUCCUGGGAUCGAUCCCUAACCUCCCAUUAAAAGUUCAGGUAGCAGGUGACGUGAGAGACCUCGACCUCUGCCUGAGAACCUGGGAUGCUGCUGGCAAUCUGAGCGGACAACAUGGUCCAGUGGUGACCAACGGUCUGAUUCAGUAUAACGCAGCUUUGUGUUCAUGUGAUGCACUGAAGAGUGGAGUAUUCCCAAUUUUUAUUUUUCAUAUAUAUGUUGUCAAAAGGGGCAUUUGUGCUGAAAAUACGUGAUGGGAUUGCAUACAUAGUGCUUAUUGCUCUCCAGGUCUUGGCUUUGUGGCGCUAGUUAGUGGAGUCUGCUGUCUUAAAAGGGUUUUUUAUAGAUACGGUUCUUGGCCAAAGCACAAGAAACCUGGUUCAGUGGGGAAGGCUUGUUCUGUUUGUGUAGUAACAUUUACUGUGUAUAUUUAGGUCUGAAGAGUGCUUUGUCAAAGCUGGGUGCUGUAUCUUAAGAAAAAAGACUUAAUAAUGAGCAGGUUUCAAUAGUUGAUUUCUUAUCAACAACCAGUUCUCAGACUGGAUUAGCCAGUCAGUUCUCUUUGUCUUGAAGCUUGAAAAGUAACUUUAAAAUCCUGUCCAUGUGGACCAGAGUAGUAAUGCCUCUGUCACUAGAGCUUUAAUAAAGUACUGCCACUAAGUUAAAGCUCAUUCUUAAAAUAAACAAAAUGGCAGUAUGGGUGCUAUUUAAUUGGGUUGCAAGUGUGCCAAUUCAGUUCUGUGUAGUAUGCUAAGGAGUUGCUGAAUGUGUGUGAGAUCAAUAAAUUUGUUCUGUAUGUAAUUGGAAUUAGUAUCUCAUUGAGAACAGGUGAGUUGGGCCUUGGGGCUACAUAUUUAACUGCAAGGACAAACAGUAAAAUAAAAACCCUUGUCUGUUCAAGAUACCACUGUGUGUAAGUGGCAUGAGAAACAACUGAAAGUGCUUGCAUUGUGUUCCAUUUUUUACCUUUUCCCCAUCUAGUUCUAUGAUUUUGAUUGCUUGCAAAAGCUGGUUUCAGAAACUCAGAAGUGUGAUGCCAGAAUACAUAAUGCGUAAUGGGCUAGGCCCUCAGUUCUGAUAACUGGUGCUGUCAGGAGAGAAGCACUUAUACCCUUUUGGGGGGAGGGAGGUUUUACUGUACUGUUUGCAAGGCUGCUAUUGACUGUAGUUUCCCCACCAAACAAUAAUUAAAGGCUGCUUGAACAACAAGGAGGUUGAAAGCCUGCCAUUUUCUGCCUGGAUGUCAGGGCAGCCUGUGGUCACUUAUUCUAAACAAAGCUCACCAUGAAGAGACUGUACUUUUUUAGGUUUGUUUGGACCAUUGGUUGUUUUCCACCGUCACAGCUAGCAAGGUUGGAAUCACCAGGUCAGUUGCAGAUCUGUCUUUAUGCCAGUUGUUGGGGUUAAGUAAAUGUUGUAAGGGGUGGGGUGGGAGGCAGAUGCGGAAUUGGAGGAUUGGCCUUCUCCCACUCUGUCAUUGCAAUUAGAGAAGGAUUUCUACAUUGGCAUGCCUGUGGAAGCUCAUGAUGGUGUAUACAAAUCCCCAUCUGAUAUCUAAUGGCAUUGAACAUCAGCACUGAAAUGUGGGAAGGGUUGGCUGCAAGUGAAUUAGCUAGUGAUGGGGCAAAAAACCUUUCUGUUGCUAUAUCCUAAAAUGUGUUCCUUUUUGCUUCGCAAAAGAAUCAAGUCAAGAUGUGGACUUGAGGAAACGGGAACAUUGGCUGGCUCGGUAGCGUCUUUUACCUUUUUAAGGGCAGUUAAAGAGUUGGCAGUGGAAAAAUUUGCAUUUUCACCCACUGUAUGCCCUUAAUGAGGCUGUGAGGAAAGGAGACAUGGGGAAUAGAGGGGCAGCAGCAUGAAAAGUAAGGUGGUAGAAAACUGAAUAAAUUCAAACUCUUAUCUGUAUUGUGAAGAGUUCAGAGGGUGUUUGGACUGGCUUUCAACUAGUACCAAAGAUGAUUUGCUUCAUGGGAGGGGAAGGGAUGGGAGGAUGGAUGAACAGCAGCAGUACAGCAAAGCAGCCAAGUAAUUGGCUUUGCAUAUGAACAGAAGGGGUAUCAUACCUCUGGCUGCAAGUAUCCUGAUGCUAGGUUGGCAGUUAAGGAUUAAGAAACAAUUUAAGACUAGCUUGAUUGCUCACUAUCCUGUGUUCCAGUCUCUGGAAAAAAAUCAGGUUCAACUUGUGCCCCCUACUUCCCAAUGAUUUGUGUUGAUAUAAUUUAUAAAUUCCCCUCAGUUUACCAGUAUGUAGAUUAAAUAUUAUUAUUUUUUGCUUAAAUAUAUUCAUUUUCAGAAACUUGGCUGCAUGUGUUUACCUACUAACAUCAUUUCUUAUUCUUUAGGUGAAGGUAAUGCCUGCUGGAUGAAACCGUAGCUGCUACACGAGGAAUACAUAUGCCAGUAGAGUUCAGGAUGACAGCUGUCAAAUGAUGCUGAAUAAGAGAACCUGACAGAAUGGUCAACAUGAAGAAGCUGAUCUUGAAUACAGAAGAAGUGUCCAGGGACUCAGAAGAAGUGUCCAGAAACAACAUGUUUAAUAAAUUAAGAAACCUUGAA